ACCUGGACUGCAGUCUCUUCCCGGCUUCCCCACAGAGCUGGCCAACACGUCCGUCUCAGCCAGACAUGUCCAGCCUCCAGGAGCUAUGCUCCGGCCUGCCCCUGCAGCCCCUCCCAGAGAACCGGGGACGCUGGGCAGGCGUGCCCCACGCCCCAGUCAGGACCCCAGGCCUCAGCCUCACAGAGGAGCAGCUGGCGCUGAGGAAUGCCCUGCGCUACUUCCCUCCAGAUGUCCAGGAGUUGCUGGCCCCUGAGUUUGCCCAGGAGUUGCGACUGUAUGGGCACAUCUACAUGUACCGGUUUUGCCCCGACAUUAAAAUGAGGGCCUACCCAAUCGAGCAGUACCCCUGCCAGACGAGAGCCGCUGCAGCCAUCAUGCACAUGAUCAUGAACAACCUGGACCCUGCCGUGGCCCAGUUUCCCCAGGAGCUAGUGACCUACGGAGGAAAUGGACAGGUGUUCAGCAACUGGGCCCAGUUCAGGCUGACAAUGUCCUACUUGUCGCAGAUGACAGAGGAGCAGACCCUGGUCAUGUACAGUGGACACCCGCUGGGCCUCUUCCCAAGCAGCCCUGGGGCCCCGAGGCUGGUCAUCACCAACGGGAUGGUCAUCCCCAACUACUCCUCCAGGACAGAGUAUGAGAAGCUCUUUGCCAUGGGGGUUACCAUGUACGGCCAGAUGACUGCAGGCAGCUAUUGCUACAUCGGUCCCCAAGGCAUCGUCCACGGCACCGUGCUCACUGUGUUGAAUGCCGGGCGUCGCUACCUGGGUGUCAAGGACCUGGCUGGGAAGGUCUUUGUCACCUCUGGGCUGGGCGGAAUGAGUGGGGCUCAGGCCAAAGCUGCAGUCAUCGUGGGGUGCAUUGGCGUGAUAGCAGAGGUGGAUAAGGCGGCCCUCACAAAACGCCACAAGCAGGGCUGGCUGAUGGAAGUGACGGACAGCUUGGACCACUGCAUUGAAAGACUCAGGGAAGCGAGGGAAAGGAAGGAGGUGCUCAGCCUUGGUUACCAUGGCAAUGUGGUUGAUCUUUGGGAGCGCCUGGUCCAUGAACUGGACACAACUGGGGAGCUCUUAGUGGACCUGGGGUCAGACCAGACGUCCUGCCACAAUCCAUUCAAUGGUGGUUACUACCCCGUGCAGCUGAGCUUCGAAGAGGCCCAGAGCCUCAUGGCCUCCAACCCGGCUGCAUUCAAAGGCCUGGUCCAGGAAAGCCUGAGGAGGCACGUCUCAGCAAUCAACAGGCUGGCCAAGGAGAACUUCUUCUUUUGGGACUAUGGCAACGCCUUCCUCUUGGAGGCCCAGAGAGCGGGAGCUGACGUGGGGAAGAAAGGCGGCAGCAGGACGGAAUUCCGCUACCCCUCGUAUGUCCAGCACAUCAUGGGGGACAUAUUCUCCCAGGGAUUUGGGCCUUUCCGCUGGGUGUGCACGUCAGGGGACCCCCAGGACCUGGCUGUCACUGAUCAGCUGGCCACGUCUAUGCUGGAGAAGGCCAUUGCUGGUGGAGUGAACCCGGCUGUGAAGCUCCAGUAUGUGGACAACAUCCGCUGGAUCCAGGAGGCUGCCAAGCACCAGCUGGUGGUGGGCUCCCAGGCAAGGAUCCUGUACGCGGACCAGAAAGGCCGUGUGGCUAUCGCUGUGGCCUUCAAUCACGCCAUCGCCCACGGGCAGAUCAAGGCGCCGGUGGUCCUGAGCCGAGACCACCAUGAUGUGAGUGGCACCGACAGCCCCUUCCGGGAGACCUCCAACAUUUAUGACGGCUCUGCCUUCUGUGCAGACAUGGCAGUGCAGAACUUCGUGGGAGAUGCCUUUCGUGGUGCCACCUGGGUGGCUCUUCAUAACGGCGGGGGAGUCGGCUGGGGUGAGGUGAUCAAUGGGGGCUUUGGCCUCGUGCUGGACGGGACCCCGGAGGCUGAGCACAAGGCCAGGAUGAUGCUCAGCUGGGAUGUCUCCAAUGGAGUGGCUCGCCGCUGUUGGUCCGGGAACCAGAAGGCCUACGAGAUCAUCUGCCAGAUGAUGCAGGAGAGCAAGGGCUUGGCAGUGACCCUUCCACAUGAGGUGGCAGACGAGCAUCUGCUUCAGCGGGCGCUGCAGCCAUGAGCAGGAGCCCGGGAGCUGGCCGUGCACCCUCAUCCCGCUAGGUCCCAGAGCUCACCCUAACAGCCACACCACAUGGUCCACUGUACACCCGGGUCUCCUGUGUCAGGAGAUUUGCAUGCCUCCCUCACUGGGCCUCACAAUAUCCAGAGGGUGUGCCCCUUACCAUCCCCAUUUUACAGAUGAGUCAGCUAAAACCCCAAUAGAUGGAGCCAUUUGUCCAUGACAGGGGGCCCCAGGAGGGCAGCAGAAGUCUUGUUCAGGGCUGAACCCCCAAGCCAGCCACAGAGCAGACUCCAGCAGCUUUCGAGGGGCCUGCAUGCCAUGAGUGUCUGGGCCUCAGCAGACCCUCUUGCCGUUCCUUCUUCCAAGAGGGCAGGGUCUCCUCUGGCCAGGGCUUCUCAGGCCCCUUGCCUCCUGUUGCCGUCUCUCCACCCGUGCAGCUCUCUUCCUAUCUGCUGGCCUGUUUGUGCUGGUUCUUUCUGCAUCUCAGUGCCUCUGUCUCUGGCCACAGAGGAACACGACCAGGCCCUGGGCUUGGAGGAGUCCAGAGGAAGACAGGCAGGGAGAUAAAAGGUGAGCAGGCGGCCAUGCAGGGCAUCGUGGGCAGGGCGGGCCUGGGGCCUGGGAUGGGGACAGGCAGGGAUCUGCCCUAAAGGCUAAGUGAUACUUCCUUGUGACAAAAGGACAGAGGAAGGUGCUUCCCAUGGCCGCACAGUGGGAACCGCAGGAAAGCACUGCCUAGUCCCUGACAACAGAAAUCCGCCCAGGAGCUCUCCCUGGGACCAAGUGUCCUCCGGGAGCUGUACUGGCCCGGGGCUAGGUUCUUGCACCCCACCCACCAGGUCCCCAAGCCCAGUAAAGGUUGGAGCCACAGCCAGCCUUGGAGGCAAAGGACCCAGGCAAAGGGAGAUAUGUGGCCAUGCUUUUCCAAGCCUUCAUUUUGGAGUAGGCACCUCUCUUUUUAAGGAGCCCCCACUUUUAGGCCUCCUCCUGCCUCCCUGAUCCCUUGUUCCCUGAUGCCCCUCCCUCUGGGGUACUGCAGGUUUUGGGUACAAGCCCCUCAAGCUGAGCUGGUCAGGAGGAGAGCAUAAGGCGGCAGUGGGGUGGGGGUGGAAGGAAGUAGGGAGAAAGACCCCAGAGAAAGCACUGCCCUCUUUGCCCAGAGGGGGGCAUGCUGGAGGUGGACAUGUGUCUUGUUUGGCUCAUGAGGUGGGACCGAGGCCAAACCCCUUGCCUUUCUCAGAGCAACCCCUUUGGGGAGGGGUCUUCCAGUGCCUUGCUUCCAUCCAGGACAGGCCAUGGCCCAACCCUGCUGUGCGACCAGGCCUGGGAGAUGGGGACAGGGGAUCAGAUAACUGCUUCCAUGAGAUGACCCCCUUCCUUUGUAAUUAAUGAGCCUUUAGAAAUAAAACACCAAGCCUCUGAUAAAACUUGGGUUUAUUUAAGUCCAAUAUUACUGGGGAAGGAUUGUAGAGGCCAAAACUUGCUCUCUGGAAUGUGCAUGUCUGUUUCUUCUGUAAAAUAAGAAUUUCUCCUAAAUUAAGAGGUGGAUAUGGGGUCCAGGCAGUCCUUAGCUUUCUCCUCAGCCUGUCUGCAGGACCUCAAGCCCUGGGCCUGUCUGAGCCUCAGUUUCCAGCUGUAUAAUGGGGUGAUGAUCUUCACCACUGCCACAGGCUGGCCAAGGGUCUGCUUUAUUCUCAGCCAAGUCAUCAAAAGGAGCCAAGUGAGGAGAUGAGCUCCCUGCUCUCUUCUUCCCCCCUUUGCACCCCACCAACUGAUGCUGGAAACAUCCAGGGCCAUGCAGAGGACCAGGCAGAGGCUGCCCCUGGGCAGGCCCUGCCACACUUGCUGGCUGGAGACCCUCAAAUUCCGCUGUGCAAGGUGGGGCAGCGUGACCAUGCACCUCACUCUCCUUAGCUCUGUUUUAGCUCAGGCCCAGGUGCGCCCAUGGCAGGCAUACAAAUGACUCAUGCUUCACAAAGAAAUGAGGAAGAGUUUGGGAGUGGGUGUCUCAGAAGCCACACAAAACCUGAUGCCCAUUCUCUCCACUUCUGCAGAGAAGGGGACAGUCUAGCUGGGGUCUGAGUCCUCAAACACUUGACAGACACAUUCGUCUCCUUCCCAGGGGCCAGUCUCCCCUUUUCCCCUACUAACAAGACUCCAGCUUUGUCCAAGGAGCAAUGUACACCUAUAAAACAUAGUUGCUUUUCAA